AUUAUUACUAUUAAAAAAAGAAAACAAAAAUAAUAAACUAUUUUAUUAUAAAUUAUAUUUUAAAAAAUAAAAAAAGAAAAAAUUAAUUAUUAUAAGUUGCGUUAUAAAUUUUUAAAAAAUGAAAAAUAAAAUAAAAAAAAAAAAAUAUUUUUUUAAAAUUUUUUUUUAAUAUUUUUAAUAAAUUUACUAAUUUAUUUAUUUGGUAUAAGAAGAAGAUUUAAAUUUAAAUCCAAAUUAAAAAUUAAACAAUUUUUACAAUAACUAAAUCACUUUGUGCUAUAAAUACAAAGUUUUAAUCUUAGUUUUGUGUUGUGUGGUUCAUUUUUAUUUUUUUUAUUUUUUUUUUUAGUCCAAAAUUUAAACAUUCAUUACCAAUUUUACUUUUUUUGAAAAAAUUAAAAUUUUUGGUAUAUCAUAUCUAGAUAUAAUAUAAAUAAUAGUAAUAAUAGUAAAAUCUAUAUUUUCAAAAUGUACUCUAUCAUCACAAGAAAUAUUAGAAAUAUUACACCAAUUUCCAAAAAUAGAUUAAAAUCAUCAUUAUUCAUUAAUUCAACUAGAGUUACUAUUCAAAUUAGAGCCUAUUCAAACCAAACAUCAAAUAUUACUUUAUCAGCUUCAAUUAAUAAUAAUAAUUUAUCAGAAGAAGAAAUUAAAUAUAGAGACGAAACUAUCAAGGUUUAUAAAGAUCUUCUUUCAAUCCCAACAGUUUCAAAUGUAUUCUUCACCACACCAGAUGAAAAUGGCAAGGAAUUAACUACAGCAUCAAUUAUUUUAUCACAAAUUGAUAUUGUUAAUAAAAAAUCAAAGAGUUAUAUGUCACAAAAAACAGUUUUAAAUGAUAGUAAUAAAGUUGUUUCAUCUGCCAUUCAACAAGAGUUAGUUACUCCAAUGGUAUCUAUUUCCCCAUCAAAAAAGAAAUUACUUACAAUCAAAGAUAAUUCAUCAGGUGAUACUUUUGAUUAUUCAUUUGACUUGAGUGAUAAUACUCAUUUAGUUACAUCAAUUACUUCACGUGACGUUCACAAAAAAAUUUUAAAUGAUGAAUGGUUUGGUCAAUUUUCAUGGUCACCAUGUGAAAACUAUGUUGCCUUUAUUGCAGAUUCUAAAUUAAAUAUUACCGGAUAUUUCGACAAAGAGCCAAAGGAUAAAGAAAUUGGUAAACAAUUUGUUUAUAGAGAUGAUUGGGGUGAAACUUAUCAACCAGUAGCAAAUCCAUCUAUUUUUAUUUUAGAUAUUGCCAAAGAACAAGUUUUUCCAGUUGAACCAUUCCCAAUUGAUAAGGUAUCUGCUGGUCAAGUAAUUUGGACUCCAUGUGGAAAAGGUUUAGUUUAUGUUGGCUGGGAGUUUGGUGAUAGAAAGCUUGGUAUCAGAGCAUGCUUUAACAGAAUGAGUUCUUUAUUCUUUUUAAAUUUCUCAGAAUUCAUGGCCAACAAAGAGGAAUUGAAGGAACAACAAAAGAAAGAUCCAAAAGCAAAAUUAACAAAGCCAUUAACUAUUGUUGAUUUAAUUCCAAAUGGAAAUAAUGGAUGUUAUCGUUCACCUCGUUUCACACCAGAUGGUAAACACUUGGUAUUCCUUGGUUUUGACGAAAGAGUUUAUCCCCAUAAUACUUGUUCAAAGAUUUUUAAAUUCACAUGGAAUUGUGACUCAAUUAAUAAACCAGAUCAAUUAGCAGGUCCAGUUCAAACUCUUUUGGAUUACAAGAAUUACAGUGAUGAUUUCCCAGGUAUUUUUGGUCAUGGUUUCCAACAAAAUGCAUUUAUAAACGAAAAUACUCUUCUUUUUGCCUCACCAUUUAGAUCAACACAAAAGAUUAUUUCAUUCAAUAUUGAUACCAAGGAAUUAAAUGUAUUAGAAUUGGACAGUAACAAAAAAGAAAAUCCAAAACUUUAUAACCUCUUUGAUAUUGACUACAAGAACAAGAGAUUAUUAAUUACUGAAAGUGCAAAUAAUGAACCAACCUCAGUUUCAAUAGCCUCAUUAAAGGAUAAAACUAAGGGUGCCACUCAAGAUAACAUUGACAUUGUUAAAAUUUACUCCCCAAAACCAUCAGAAUCAUCUAAAAAGAUUUUAGCAUCAUUCGAUACUACCAUUCAUAAAGUCCCUGUAAGUACUCCAUCACCAGCACCAUACGAGGCCGUAAAAGAAUUUGAACUUCUCUACAUAAAAAACAAAGAAAAAGAAUCCCGUGGUUUAUUAGCAUUCAUUCAUGGUGGUCCACAUGGAAAUAUGGAUGCAGAAUAUCUUACCACUAUCACUUAUCUUGUAUCUCUUGGUUAUAACAUCAUCCUUCCAAACUACAGAGGUUCCACUGCCUAUGGUAAAGAUUUCAACGAUGUUUUACCAGGCCACAUUGGUGAUAUGGACUAUGAAGAUUGUGUUCAAUCAAUAGUUUACACUAUCGAAAAGAUUGAUACAUCAAUUGAUAAAAACAAAAUUGGUGUUAUUGGUGGUAGUCAUGGUGGUUUCUUAUCAGCUCAUCUUAGUAGACACCCAUUGGUUAAAACUGCUAUUAUGAGAAAUCCUGUUAUUGAUAUUCCAUCAAUGUCAACUCUUUCUGAUAUUCCAGAUUGGUGUUUCUUUGAAGCUGGUAUCAAUCUUUCAGACCCAACUGCUCAGUACCAUACUUUGCCAUCAUUAGAAGAGCUUGAAAAGAUGAGAAAAUGUUCACCAUCUUAUCACAUCUCAAAAGUUAAAAUCCCAUCACUCUUAUGCCUCGGGGAAAAGGAUUUACGCGUCCCACCAAGCCAAGGUCUUUUAUACUAUCGUAUGCUUAAAGAAGCUAAAGUCGAAACUAAAUGCCUUUGGUAUCCAGGUACUGGUCAUUCAUUAGACUCAAUUGAUGCCAGAUUAGAUCAAUGGAUAAAUAUUUCUCUUUGGUUAAAAAAAUAUUUAAAUAAUUAAUUAUAUAUUUAAACCAAAUUAAAAUUUAAAUAAAAAACAUUACACUAGUUAAAUUAAAUAAAACAAAUAAAGAUGUAUUUAUACAGAAUUUAC